AUUUUCAAGAUGAGAGAAAUAAUUAAUCUUCAAGUUGGUUCGUGUGGGAAUCAAAUCGGAGGAAAGUUUUGGGAGGUGAUCUCUGACGAGCAUGGCGUUGAUCCUAGCGGCUGUUACCACGGUGACUCGGAUCUGCAACUGGAACGAAUCAACGUCUAUUACAAUGAAGCAUCUGGUGGCAAAUAUGUUCCUCGAACUGUAUUGAUAGAUCUUAAACCUUCAACUAUGGAUGCAGUUCGUUCUGGACCGUUCGGUUGUCUGUACCGUCCUGAUAACUUUGUGUACGGACAAGGUGGUGCUGCUAACAACUGGGCGAGAGGGCAUUAUACCGAAGGCGUAGAGAUCCUCGAAUCUGUACUCGAUGUAGUUAGACGUGAAGCCGAAGGUUGUGAUUGUAUGCAAGGCUUUCAAGUGAGCCACUCGUUGGGUGGCGGAACGGGCUCUGGUUUGGGCACGUUACUCAUCAAUCGCAUUCGAGAAGAGUAUCCCGAUCGCAUCAUACUUUCAUUCUCGAUAUUCCCUAGCGCACGAGUCUCCGACUGUGUUGUUGAGCCAUACAAUACAACACUAGCAGUAAACCAGCUUGUGGAAAAUACUGACCAUACGUUUAGUUUGGAUAACGAAGCUCUAUAUGACAUAUGUUUCAGAACGUUAAAACUCACAACACCAACUUAUGGUGACCUAAAUCAUUUGGUUUGCGCAACAAUGUCUGGUAUCACAACGUGUCUUCGUUUUCCUGGACAGUUAAAUGCGGAUUUGCGAAAGUUGGCCGUCAAUAUGGUGCCUUUCCCACGCCUACAUUUCUAUACGCCUGGCUUUGCUCCGCUUACGUCUAGAGGUGCUCAGCAAUACAGAGCUCUAACUGUUCCAGAAUUAACAUUGCAAAUGUUUGAUGCAAAGAACAUGAUGGUUGCUUGUGACCCACGUCAUGGGAGAUACCUCACUGUGGCUACAAUAUUCAGAGGCCGAAUGUCGAUGAAAGAGGUUGAUGAACAAAUAAUGAACAUACAAAAUAAAAACAGCACGUAUUUUGUAGAAUGGAUUCCUAAUAAUUGCAAAAUAGCAGUGUGUGAUAUACCUCCCCGUGGAUUAAAGAUGGCGUCAACGUUCAUAGGUAAUACGACAGCGAUACAAGUCGUUUUUAAAAGGAUAUCGGAGCAGUUUGUUGCGAUGUUCAGGCGGAAAGCUUUUCUCCACUGGUAUACAGGAGAAGGUAUGGACGAAAUGGAAUUUACGGAAGCUGAAAGUAAUAUGAAUGAUCUAAUAUCAGAGUACCAACAAUAUCAAGACGCGACCGCUGAUGACGAAGGAGAAUUCGAUGAAGAAGCGGAAGGCGAAGAAGGGUUAGAAGAAUAA